AUGUCCAUGCCGACGAUGGACAGCUCCCCCAGAACGCGGCUGCUGAACCACCAGAGAAAACUGAAGCAGGAUGAAGACAAGAAAGACGACUUCACAAGAACCAUCGGCGGUGCAUUCGUCCAGUUCGACGCAGGUGCUCGCGUAUCCAAGAUCCGCCUGCCUGGUGACUUCUCUGCUGCUCGCAUCAGCGGAUUACGGCAAAAUACGUCGAAAGAAUCGGUUCGAGAUAUGCUAGCUGAAAAGGGUUUACACAUCAGCGUCGACGAUAUUUGCACAUUUCACAUGGAAGGUAGUUACGGAGCAACCGUCAGAUCGGACGAUGCGUCGUUUUCAAAACGACUCUGCAGUCUCGUUCAACCCGGCUGCACAUGGGGAGGAUCGAAGAUAAUAGUCACGUCUAUUGCCGCGCCCAUGCCCUCUGGUCAUAACGCUCGACGCGUAGACUGCAAAAAGGUCCAUGUUUCUUGGCAUAAAGCAGUCAAGAUUGUCUGGUUGAACUUUGGCAACGGAGAUAUCGCCCGCCGUGUGAGUGACAUGUUCUCAAAGGGGGCAUAUAGGGUCUUGGACCAGAGAGUCACUGCUGCCGCAGCUACCAGAGCCGAAUCCGUCAUACCCUCGCGGCCAGCCCGUGGGAACCAUGUUGCCUGGACUGUUGUAUUGACUGAUGUCCCGGCUGCCGCACAGGAGCGCGACAUUUUGCGAGCCAUCACGCAUGAGCGGAACAAACCUCACCAUGUAGAGAUGGGGGCCCCAACGUACUCAACAGACGAGGAGGAGGCUUGGGCGAUGAUACGUUCUCUCUUAACAAAUAUCGGACCCUUGGAGUAUUGUGACCCCCCCUUGGAGACGAAUGCAAAUUCCAGGCGGGUGAAGGCAACUGCGCGCUUCCUCGAUGAGGCUGACGCUCGCAGAGCUUCCCUGGAACUUGGCAAAAUGGAACUCCCUUUCCAUCGCAAGGCACGGUUAACUGUGCAGAUGGUGUACUCGGCCAAGUUCAAGGUCGCCAUCAACGUUUUCGACGCUGUGCAGUCUCGAAUCGUUGCCCAGCAGACAACUUGGAAAGAUAACAUUUCCUUCAGGGCCUACAAGCCCACAGGCCCUCUGCAACGUUUCAGAGUUUUGAAGAUUGAGGGCGAGUUGGCAGAAAAUGUCGUCAAUGCCAAGGCUGACCUUGAAUCGAUCCUUGCUGGUGUCGUCGCGACGGACAACGACGCCACCCUCUGGCAUUCUUCACUCAAGACCAAUGGGAAGCUUUUCCAAGCGAUCAAGACACUAGAGAAAGAACUUUCGGUAACCAUCCUCCGGGACAAGGUAAAAUCCGAAUUGCGCCUCUUCGGAGCCCAGCGGCGUUGCGAAGACGCGCAGCGUCGACUGGCUCAGCUGAUACGCAUGGAAUCGGGGUCAAAUUCCUCUAGAGUCAUUGAGCUUGAACCCCAGAAAUUCUUUUGGGCUUGCCACGGGGGUUUCAGAACAAUUGCCGGCCAACUCGGUCAAGAAAAGGUCCUGUUUGAUAUCAUCUCCACGCCAAAGAAAAUUAUUGUCUCUGGUUCCCUGGAAGACUAUGAUCUGGCCGUAGCAAUCAUGGAAGGCAGAAAACAGGUCCCAGAGCGAGUUGAGCAGGCAAAAGCCCAUGACACCGCGCAGGAAUGUUCGGUUUGCUGGACCGAGGCCGAUACUCCUGUCAAGAUAAAGUGUGGACACAUUUAUUGCUUGGAGUGUUUUGAAGACAGUUGCACCAAAGCAAACACCACGGCCGGGGAGUUCAUGAUCCUGUGCCAUGGCAACCAGGGCAACUGCAGGAGCGUCAUGGCAGUUGAGGACCUGCAGACAUACCUCUCCUCGGCUGCACUCGAGACCGUCCUUGAGCUGUCCUUUUCGUCUCAUGUAAAGCGUAACCCAAACACGUUUCGCUACUGCCCCAGUCCAGAUUGCGACUUUGUAUACAGGGUCUCGUCGGCUGCCAGAACGCAGAACUGCUCCAACUGCCUCCGGCCUACGUGCUCUGCGUGCCACGAGCCGCACAUUGGCAUGUCGUGCGCGGAGCAUCAAGACCUGAAGUCGGGGGGGUUCGCAGCGUUGAUGAAACUCAAGAAAAAGCUGGGAAUCAAGGAUUGCCCAAAGUGCGCAACUCCGCUUGAGAAGGUCUCGGGAUGCAACCACAUGACGUGCGCAGCCUGCAAGGCUCAUAUAUGCUGGGUGUGCUUGAUGACAUUUGCAAAUGGCCCGGCCGUGUACGAGCAUAUGGGGAAGCUCCAUGGAGGCCAUAUCGACUUGCCGGGUGUCUGA